AUGAAGCUCUCUGCGUCCAUCGCCCUGGCUGCGGCCAUGGGAGCCUCGGCAACCUUCAACCUCCCCGCGUUCGAGCAGCUUGCCAUCGACUCAGGCCUCGCCCUAUCCGGCCUCAACGGUCUUGCUCUGUUGCAGUCGGCCACCAAGUACGGCGGCUCGUGCAACAUUGGCAACGUCAAGAUCCGCAGGGAGUGGAGGACGCUAUCCAAGGCCCAGCGCAAGAGCUAUAUCAAGGCCGUUCAGUGUCUCCAGAAGAGCCCUAGCCUCCUCCCCGCGGGUGUCUCGGCGGGGUCCAAGACCCUUUUUGACGACUUUGUCUACGUGCACCUGCAAUCGACGCCCUUCAUCCACUUCACCGGCAACUUCCUCAUCUGGCACCGGAACUACAUCCACGAGUACGAGGAAGAAGGCUCAAUGCCUGUGGUUACAAGGUGGAGUUUCGAUGCCAGCGCCCCUCAUCUCUCCCCCAUCUUUGACGAGUCUGACACCUCCAUGAGUGGUGACGGCGAGUUCAUUCCGGGUCCUGACCUCUCUCUUGAGAUUCCUGGCAACGCCGAACCCGUCGUGCUGAAGAAGGGCACCGGUGGCGGCUGUGUCAAGACGGGCCCCUUUGCCGACAUGACGGUCCGGCUGGGCCCCAUCACGCAGCCGGACCCGACUGCGGACAACCCGCGUUGCCUGAAGCGCGACCUGAACGCCGAUGCCGGCUCGAGGUUCUCGAGCUUCCGGAACACGACCGACCUGAUCAUCAACUCGCCCAACAUUGAAAUCUUCCGGACGACCAUGGAGGCCGACCCCAACUACAUUCCCAACUCGCUCGGUGUGCACGGUGGCGGCCACUUCAUGAUCAGCGGCGACCCCGGCUCUGACGCUUUCAUCUCGUCGGGCGACCCGGCCUUCUACCUCCACCACGCCCAGAUCGACCGCGUCUACUGGAUCUGGCAGAUGCUCGACUUCCAAAACCGCCAGGGCGUUUUUGGCACCAACACCUUGCUCAACGCGCCCCCCAGCGCCAACACCACUGUUGAGGACACUGUCGACGUCGGCCACAUCGGGGCCCCGAUCAAGAUCAAGAACCUCAUGAGCACGACUGGCCAGAAUGGCUCGCCGCUCUGCUACAUCUACCUUUAA